AUGCCGCCUCUAUCAGGCUUCUCAGACAACGCCUUCACCACACGAUCAGACCUAGUCUGCGCUGCAAAGUCCCUGCUCUCUGCGCUCGAGUCCUACAAAAGUCCCUUCAAGGCCCGAAUCAGGCUCUCAGUCGCAACCGCAGCUGGAUUCGACGAGACCGCCGCGCAGCUAGAAGGAUUCGCGCGUCCGCUAUGGGUCGUCCCGUUUCUCCUCGAAGACAGGUGCGAGACCCUCGAUCUCCAGUCGUGGGUCGACGGCCUGCGCGCUGGAGUAGACCCAAAGAGUUCGGAAUACUGGGGUGAUCUUGGGGACUUUGAUCAACGGAUGGUCGAGAUGGAGUCUAUUGCCGUUGCGCUUCUGGCUAGGCCCGAUGCAUUUCUCGAUAAAUUGAAUGAUGUUCACAGAAAGAACCUUAUUACAUGGCUCAGACAGAUGAACAGACACAAAAUACCACAGAACAACUGGCUUUGGUUCCGCGUAUUUGUGAACCUUGCUCUCAUCAGAUCCCUCGGCGUCCCUAGAGAUGAACUCCAAGACGAAAUCACCGCUGCUCUUAACACACUCGACACAUUCAAUAUUGGCCAGGGCUGGUCGAGUGACGGACUAUGGGAUGAUGGGCGGAAACAAGCAGAUUACUAUUCAGGCAGCUUCGCCAUCCAGUUUGCGCAGUUGCUGUAUGUACGGUUUGCGGGUGAAGAGGAUCAGCCCAGGGCAAAGAGAUAUUGUCAGUCUGCCAAGGAUUUCGGGUCUGUUUUCUGGCGGUAUUUUGAUCCUGAUGGCGCUGCUAUCCCCUUCGGCCGCAGCAUGACAUACCGUUUCGCAUUUGCAGCGUUCUGGUCUGCUGCGGCUUGCGCAGGUGUCCAGCUUGACGAGCCCGUCAGUAGCCUAGGAGCCAUCAAGGGGCUGCUUCUCCGGCAUCUACGCUGGUGGUCAAAACAGCCGCACAUCUUCAACGUCGACGGCACGCUGAACAUCGGCUACACGUACCCCAACAUGUACAUGGCCGAGAACUACAACUCGCCGCAAUCGGUCUACUGGUGUCUGAAGGCAUUUAUCGUCCUAAUGCUCCCGGAGGCACAUCCGUUCUGGAAGACGCCCGAGCUUCCUCACCCCUCCGCUUCCAAAACUGAACCAUCACCUCGACAGGUGGAACUCCUCUGGCCGCCUCGUCAUAUCCUGGUCAACAGUCCUGAGCACCAUUUUCUCCUCUCAUCCGGUCAGAUGACAAAAAAGGGACAUAAAGCACGCGAAGCAAAGUACGGGAAACUGGCAUACUCGUCUGCGUUUGCGUUCAGUGUUCCUUGUGGGAUGCUCCUUGAGCAAACAGCGCCGGACAGUACGCUCGCUGUGAGUUUCGAUGGCGGCGAGAGUUGGAGAGUGAGGGAUGCUCCAGUCCAGGAAAGGGCUUUGGACGUGCACUGCAGUACCGGCCAGAAGGACGGCACGGUCCCGGGGCUAUUCAGUGUUUGGCAGCCGUGGAGGUAUAUUGAGAUGAGGGUCUCAACGGUGUUGGUUCCGCUGGGAGAGGUCUAUCCAGGGUGGCAUGUGAGGGUGCAUAGAAUACAAGGGACCUCCGAACAACGAGGACUGUCGGAGGAUAUUCAACUUGUCGACUCAGGAUUUGCAAUCAGUAGCGAAACAGCUUCUGGUGGUUUUAUCACCGCGGCCCAGCCGAACUCUCAAACUUUCGAAGGACGCUACUCAGAGCCGGGGAGUUGUUUGAUCAUAUCUCGUGCUGGAGCGAGUGGAAUCGCUGAUUUAACGGCUAAUACUCAGUUCCUAGUCUCGAGCAGCGGCAAAGAGAUGGUUUAUGUACAGAGCAGAGUGUUUUGUUUCAGACCUGAUCCGAACACGAAUCUCAUCGCGUCGAGGGGUUUUCUCCCGUCGGUACGCCAUGAUCUUCCUCUCAGUAGUUUGGGUAACAGUAGGGAAAUUUGGCUUGUCUCUGGCGUUUUUGCAGUUGCGGCGUCCGCGGGCUUAGGGCACGAAAGUGUGCGUGAUAUGUGGAUGAAGCGGCCGAAGCUGUUUAUCCGGGCAGCUGGGGAUGAUUUGGACAUUAGUGUCACGUAG